GUAAUCAGCGCAGGUAUCCGUUCUGACAUCCGGGACACUUGUGCGAUUCCCCGGAAGUGCCACUUUCUCCAAGAUGGCGGCGCCCUGUAAGCCGUGCAUUCGUGCGGCUUUGCUGGGUGCCUUUGCGUUUACUCGCGGCGUAUUGAACAGUCGUGUUGCUGUUCGCACUUAUGCCUCCGAUUCCCGUGACGGCGAGGGUAUGGCCCACUUCGGUUUCCAGUCGGUCCCCGAGGGAGAGAAAGCGGAGAAAGUGUACAAAGUGUUUGAGAGCGUAGCACAGAAGUAUGACAUCAUGAACGACGCUAUGAGCUUGGGCGUGCACCGUCUGUGGAAGGACGCCCUACUGCGCAUCAUGAACCCCUUGCCCGGCUGUCGUCUCCUGGAUGUCGCUGGAGGGACAGGAGACAUCUCCUUCCGCUUCCUGGAAUAUGUACGCAACCAGCAGGAGCGGCUCCUACGCCGGACCAUGCGUAAGCAUCAGACCCCCACCUGGCAUGAGAUAGCAGCCAGCUACACGUCACAACAGGCCACAGUUCUUGGGGGGUCCAGGGCGGUGGUGUGUGACAUCAACAAGGAGAUGUUGAAGGUGGGGAGGCAGAGAGCCAAAGACCUCAGCUAUGGGACAGGGCUCUCCUGGGUGGUGGGAGAUGCAGAGGAGCUGCCUUUUGAAGACGACCAGUUUGAUAUCUACAGCAUCGCCUUUGGGAUCCGGAACGUCACUCACAUGGACAAGGCUCUGCAGGAAGCCCACCGUGUCCUGAAGCCCGGCGGCCGCUUCCUGUGCCUCGAGUUCAGCCAUGUCUCGAACCCUGUGCUUUCCAGGAUCUACGAUGCCUAUAGCUUUCAGCUUAUCCCUGUGAUCGGGGAGGUUAUCGCUGGGGACUGGAACUCCUACCAGUACCUGGUGGAGAGUAUUCGGCGUUUCCCUGACCAGGAGACAUUCAGUCACAUGAUGGCGGAGGCGGGCUUCUUCAGCGUCCGCUUCACCAACCUCACGGCCGGCGUAGUGGCCGUCCAUUCAGGCUUCAAGCUCUGAAGACCUGCCGCUGGACGCAAGCGGAUUGGACAGCGAGGAGGAGACACACACGGGUGACUCGCCGUCAUCAGGGCCACGUCUGAGGGCCUGCUUGGGUUAGUCUAGAUUGGGUCUUCUAGGAUGAACUGGAGAAUUUCCUAUUUACUCUGAGAACCAGAAGACUUUCAUUCUUCCUUAUCAUCCUAAUCCAUGCUCCAAAGUCUGCCCUUGCUAGACCUCGUCUGGCCCCAGACGGGGCUCAUACAGUGUUUGUUGAUCAUUGUGGGAUUCACGCAGAUCCUAUGAAGCAGUGCAAAACGUUUCUCACUCUUCUACCUUCUGGUAAUGGUGGGAAUGCCCUCUUUCCGUAACCGUACAAGUCCAUAUAAAAGUACCACAAAUAUCAUUUUACAAUCACAAUAAUUAUACAUGAUUUAAGUACCAGCACUUAGUGUUUUUUUGUGUUUAUACAUCAUUUUUGGCAUGUUACUUUAUCUUCAAUGAGGAUAGAAAUCCGUGUGGAAGGAAACGGUGAAUUUGUAAUGUUUGAAAAAACAGUUGAGUAUAAGGACAUUGCAAGUCUGUGUGGUUUGUGGUUAGGUAUUAAAUUAUGUCCCACAUGCCUCUGCCAGGUUGCCAUUAGACAUUUUGACCUAUUGUGGUUUCUAACCUGAACAGAAGGUGACACAGUGGUGUAAAAGUGUGAGACUCGUAACCACAAGGUCAGUCUAAAUUUAGACAUGCGUCCAGUGAGGAUGACUGGGGGUGUGAAAGACGACAGUUCAACAGGACAGUUUACUUGAAUAAAACUGUAUAUUUUUACAGGUCUUUGUACACUUUGUUACAAAAUUGUAUUGUACUAAAAUUUAAAAUCAGUUUUUGGUCAGAGAAUAAAUCUUUGUGUGCAAUUACCAUGUA